AUGACUUCCAGUUUUGCAGAGCUUCAAAGAUUCCAACAUCCGGCAAAAGGUGAUGGGUCACUUAGUUUCUUGGUUGUAGGAGAUUGGGGGAGAAGAGGCUUUUAUAAUCAAUCCCAAGUUGCUGUCCAGAUGGGAAAGGUUGCAGAGAAACUUGACAUUGAUUUUGUCGUUUCGACGGGCGAUAACUUUUACGACGACGGAUUAGAGGGGGAAACUGAUCCAGCAUUUGAGGAGUCCUUCACAAAAAUUUACACUGCCAAGAGCCUGCAGAAGAAAUGGUACACUGUUCUAGGAAAUCAUGAUUACAGAGGUGAUGUAGAGGCACAACUUAGUCCUGUCUUGAGAAAGAUUGACAGUAGAUGGAUUUGCUUGAGAUCCUUUAUUGUCAAUGCAGAAUUCGUGGAUUUCUUCUUUGUAGACACUACACCAUUCGUCGACGCUUAUCUAACUGACCCAGAUCAUACUUACAACUGGCGAGGCGUCAUUCCCCGAGAAAAUUAUUUGGCUAAUCUUCAAAAGGAUUUGGAAUUAGGUUUAAGAGAGUCAAGGGCAAAGUGGAAGAUUGUUGUUGGUCACCAUGGCAUCAGAAGUGCUGGGCAUCAUGGUGAUACUCAAGACCUCGUCGACCGUCUUCUUCCUAUACUCAAGGCCAACGAUGUUGAUCUAUACAUGAAUGGACAUGACCAUUGCCUGGAACACAUAACCAGCCUCGACAGUCCAAUUCAAUAUCUAACAAGUGGAGGUGGCUCCAAGGCAUGGGGGCAUGAAUUUAGAGAUUAUGACAAAGAUGCCAUGAAAUUCUUCUAUGAUGGUCAAGGUUUCAUGUCUGUGUAUAUUACUCCAACUGAUGCGAAGAUUGUUGUCUAUGAUGUUUUUGGACAAGUGCUCCACAAAUGGUCUACUUCUAAGGAGCUUCACUCUGCAAUAUAA